AUGGGUUGUAGUAUUGAAGAAUAUGAAGAUUACAUCUUCUGCUACAUUGGGGAAACGUUAGGACUUCAUGGAGUAGGAUUUUUGAUAAAAAAGUAUUUCAAAAAUAAUAUUGUAAACUUUACGGGGAUUUCAGAAAGAGUGGCAUUCAUAAAAUUAAAAUUUAAAAACUUGUCAUUAACACUUAUUCAAGUCUAUGCUCCCACAGAAAGUGCAGCCGAAGAAGAAAUCCAUAGGUUUUACGAAGAUCUUAGGAGAGCUCAUGAGUCAGCUGACAAAAACGUAGUCGUAAUGGGAGACUUUAAUGCCAAAGUAGGGAUGCCGGGUCCUUACGAAAGAGGAAUAAUGGGCAAAUAUGGUUAUGGUACAAGAAAUCUAAGGGGUGAACGCCUUAUACAAUAUGCCAAUGAGUAUAAGCUAUCAGUGCUGAACACAUUCUACAAGAAAAAACAAUCACGCACAUGGGUAUCUCCUGACCAAAGAACAAAAAACGAAAUUGAUUUCAUACUGAGCAAUAAUCCAAAAUCUAUAACCAAUAUGGAAAUAUUAGGAAAUGUUAACUUCCCAUCAGACCACAGAAUGCUGAGAUGUUGCCUGACCCUAACAUCCCCAAAGAUGAGUCGAAGAUCAUUUCAAAAAACAGUAAGCUUACCCCUAUAA